ACAGAAGUGAUGCAGUGUGGGUGUAUAAGACAGCAUGAGCCCAACAUCAGACUCCUUUACCCAUCACACACACACUGCGUGAUAAAGUGUGUGCUUCAAGUGCCUGUGGACAGGUGAAGCUGAAGAAAACGUGCAGCACGAGAGUUUGAGUGAUGGGCGGCGGAGGGCAGCAGACGGACCGGGUGUCCGGCACCGAGCGCAGGUUCGGCUCUUACAGCUGGGAGGAGGUGCAGAAACACACGAAGCGCGGGGAUCAGUGGAUCGUGGUGGAGAGGAAGGUUUAUGAUGUGAGUCAGUGGGCGAAGAGACACCCUGGAGGACUGAGGAUUCUUGGACACUAUGCUGGAGAAGAUGCGACGGAGGCGUUUACUGCGUUUCACCCAAACCUCCAGCUGGUGAGGAAGUACAUGAAACCGCUGUUGAUCGGUGAGCUGGAGGCGUCUGAACCCAGUCAAGACCGGCAGAAGAACGCCGCUCUUGUGGAAGAUUUCCGAGCCCUGCGUGAGCGUCUGGAAGCUGAGGGUUGUUUUAAAACCCAGCCGCUGUUCUUCAUCUUGCAUCUGGGUCACAUUCUGCUCCUGGAGGCCGUCGCUCUGCUCAUGUUGUGGUACUUUGGAACCGGCUGGAUCACCACGGCUGUGGUUGCUGUUUUACUGGGUACAGCGCAGUCUCAGGCUGGAUGGCUGCAGCAUGACUUUGGUCACCUGUCCGUGUUUAAAACAUCAGGAUGGAAUCAUUUAGUGCACAAGUUUACCAUCGGACAACUGAAGGGCGCGUCCGCCAACUGGUGGAACCAUCGGCACUUCCAGCAUCACGCUAAGCCCAACAUCAUCAAGAAAGAUCCAGACGUCAACAUGCUCAAUGCGUUUGUGGUGGGAGAUGUUCAGCCGUUGGAGUACGGGAUUAAAAAGAUCAAACGUAUGCCCUACAACCAUCAGCACAAGUAUUUCUUCUUCAUUGGACCGCCUCUGCUCAUCCCAGUGUAUUUCCAGUUCCAGAUCAUUCACAACAUGAUCUCGCAUGGUCUUUGGGUGGACUUUAUUUGGUGUGUAAGUUACUACGUUCGAUACCUCCUGUGUUUCACACAGUUCUAUGGCUUCUUUGGAGCGGUGCUUCUGUUUAACGUUGUGAGGUUCAUCGAGAGUCACUGGUUUGUGUGGGUGACCCAGAUGAGUCACAUCCCCAUGAACAUCGAUCACGAGAAGCAUCAAGACUGGUUUAGUAUGCAGCUGGUGGCAACCUGUAACAUUGAGCCGUCCUUCUUCAACGACUGGUUCAGUGGACACCUCAACUUUCAGAUUGAGCACCAUCUUUUUCCCACAAUGCCCCGACACAACUACUGGCGCGCCGCCCCUCAAGUCCGGGCCUUAUGUGAGAAACAUCGAGUAAAGUACAACGAGAAGACAUUGUUCCGGGCUUUUGCGGACGUCGUCAGGUCUUUGGAAAAAUCCGGAGAACUCUGGCUGGACGCUUACCUUCACAAAUAAUUGACAAAUAAACAAACCCCUCCCAUUUAAACCAGAAAUACGCCCAAUCAGAAUGAAGAAUUUAUAGGCGUGUCAGUGGACUGACAGUGAUUGAGUAGUUUAUUAGCUGUUAAGGAUGGCACUAAACCACCGGUCGAUCAGUUGAUGUCGAGCACUUUUGUUUUUGAUAUUGUGUUGUCUGGGAUUGGAAUGUAAUUGGCACUUUAAAUGUGAUGAGACUGAAUUCGCUUUUAAUAAAGGAUGAUGAGAAAGUUCAUGAAUGUGCAGGUGCAUAAUGGUACGAGAAAGUCGUGUCUGCUGGAAUACAGAUGUAGCUGUUAGAGAUAUUUUAAAACGAUUGUGUUUAGUAAUAAUUUUAUUUUUUUAAAUUUACAAUACAAUGAUUUGUUUUUAUAAAUAACAUUUUGACAAAAGCUAGCAGAGGGUAAUACUAAGAGAUUGUAGCGCAGGUUUAAUUUGAAUUGCAAUGACUUGGAUUACUGAUUAAACUCAACCUGUGCAUUGACACUAAACUUAACUGCUUGUUUUUUUUCUUUUAAGAUUUAACACAAGAUUGUAUACAUUUUUUACUUCUCUCUAAAUGUCCUUUGUGAGAAUAUAAAGCAUGUCUACCACGUUGACAGAAAUGGAAUAGAAAGAGAUCAAUUUACUGUUCUUGCUUCAUUCAUACAUGACAAUGAUCAGCAUGAGAACGUGUGUGUUGAGACUAGUUUUAGCACAUUAUUUACAUACGCAGCAUGAUGCAUUUCUCAGUACAGACUUCCAGAACAUUCUAAACAUUCACUCUGUUUACAGACAAAAAUUCUCAAUCUGUCAAGAAUAUGUCCAGGUUUUAUAUACAGCAUACUGUAUAUGCACAUGGACAUGUUUGACUCGCACAUUGUUUUCAUGCAGUAAGAGUUUAUAAGCAUUUAUCAACAUGAAGAAGAUUUGGAAACUUCUGGAUAUGGAUAAAUGACAGUAAGGUCCGUACAUACACUAAUAUUAAAAAGCACCAACAAUAAAUAUACAAUUAAAAAAUACGUCAGAUUAGACGUUUGGAGGACAGCAUGGCAGAAUCUACACUUCAUCAUCUGAGUUCAUUAAAGGGUUCCGUCGAUCAGCUACUGUUG